AUGGCCCAUUCCUUCGUUCUUCGAUCCGCGUCAGAGUCCAGUCUCUUUCUGUCCAACAAUCUCCUUAGCUCGUACUUUUCGUGUGGCUCGAUUUGUUAUGCACUUCGGUUGUUCGAUAGAAUGUCUCAAAGAGAUUUUGUUUCUUGGAACACCAUGAUAUCUGGGUUCAACAGAUUCGAACGAUACGAAAACGGGUUCUGUUAUUUUAUUAAGAUGAUUCAGGCUGGAAUUAGACCGACUCAAUCGAGCUUUGCGUCUGUUAUUGUUGCAUGUGGGGAAAUGGGUAUUGACGGGUAUCUGAUGCAAGUCCAUUGCUUUAGUUUGAAGUGCGGGUUUUCCGCUGAUUGUUGUGUGGGAAAUUCUCUUUUGAAAGGAUAUUGUAAGGUUGGGGAGCUUGAAGAUUUGUGGAAAGCAUCAGCGGAAAUGUGUGCUCUUGAUGAUAUUUCUCUUGAGAUUUUGUUAAGAGGGUGUGCACGACAUGGAAUGUUAAUCGAUGCUUUAAAUUUGAUGAGAUGGUGCAUCACGCAUUCGAUAAAGUUGUGUUCUUUUGCUAUUUCAAGCUUGAUAAGCUUAUGCUCAAGGCAUUGUUGUAUAGAUAUUGGAAUCCAAAUUCAUGGGGUUUCAAUAAAAUUUGGUUUAGAUACCAAUGUUUCUGUAAUUAACUCGUUUAUUUCAUUUUAUGCAAGGAUAUUUAGAUUGGAGGAUGCUGAGAAUUUAUUUCAUUGGUUGGAGGUAGAGGACCGGGAUAUUGUCACAUGGAAUUCACUCAUUGGUGGAUUUGCAUACAAUGGAGAGGGAGAUGUUGGUCUUAAAGUAAUCCAAAGAAUGUUAUCAAGUGGAAUUAGGAUGAACGAAUCAACCUCUUUGAAUUUUCUUUCUUGUUGUGCAGUGGUUAAUGUUCUUGAAAAUGCGAAGAGAGCCCAUACAUUGAUACUUAAAAUGAGAGAAUGCUUCCAUCAAUAUACUGACAACAUUAUACUGAUAAUGUACUGUAGAAGUAACAGCUUGAACGAUGCAGUUGCUGUGUUUGAAACUAUGGAGGUUAAAGAUAUCGUGUCAUUUAAUCUGAUAAUGGGUUUAUAUAGAAACUAUGGGAAUUAUGAAGCAUCCAUUGAAGUCUACUUGCAAGCUCGAUCUCAGAGCAUUGGAGAGGAUGAGGUUAUGCUUUCAGGUGUCAUUUGUAGUUGUUCCAAAUUGGGUGUUCUAGAAUUGGGACUACAGAUUCAUGGGUUAGUUGUGAAGAAUGGAAUUUUUAGGGCUUCUCUUGUUAAGAACUCUAUUCUUGAAUUUUAUUCCCGAGCUGCAAGAAUUGAUGACAUGGAGAUGAUUUUCUUUGAUGAAAGUAGUGAAACUGACAUAUUUUCAUGGAACAUGAUGCUUAUGGGAUAUACAAAUCAUGGGCUUUUCGAUAAAUCUAUCAGUGUUUGGAAGGAGAUGAAGAGAUGGAAUAUCGAGCUUAAUGAAUUCUCAUAUUCUGCUUUAUUAGACACAUGUGCAUGUACAAAUGAGAUAAUUUUUGGUGAACAGAUCCAUGGAUAUGUUCGAAAAAAGGGGUUACUCUCAGAUACAAUCCUUAUGAAUUCUCUACUCACUAUGUACUCAGAAUGUGGUGUGAUUGAAAGAGCUCAUUCAGUAUUCUCAGAGACAACAUUUCCUGAUUCUGUAUCAUGGAAUGCAUUAGUUUCGGGUUAUUCCCAAAAUGGAUAUGCUGAAGAAUCUAUACAAUUUUACACAAUGAUGAACAAGAAUGAAAUAGAAGCAAGCCACAUGACCUUUGCUACCAUUUUCAUGUCUUGUGCUAUGCUCUCAGAUCUGAAACUAGGAUCACAGUUCCAUGCCCAAGUCAUCAAAGUAGGCUUUGAAUCAGACUUACCCAUCUCAAACUCACUCAUCACCAUGUAUGCUAAAUGUGGCGAAAUAUCCAAUUCAUCAGAAAUCUUUAAUGCAGUGAUAUAUAAAGAUGUGGUCACAUGGAAUUCAAUGAUUAAUGCAUUAUCUCAUCAUGGGCUGGGUAGAAAAGCAAUUGAUUUGUUUGCAAAGAUGAAAUCUUUAGGUGUUAAACCUAAUAGUGUAACUUUUAUCAGUGUUCUCUCAGCUUGUAGACACGCCGGUUUAGUAUCUGAAGCUUGUUAUCAGUUCAGGUCUAUGUAUGAAGACUGUGGAAUUGCUCCAAAUGAGGAGCAUUACACUUGUAUGGUUGAUAUAUUCUGUCGAGGGGGUAAACUGGAAGAAGCGAAGGAUUUGAUUGAGAGCAUGGAAAUUGUUCCUUCUUCACUGGUUUGGAAAAUGUUGUUGAGUGCUUGUAGAGUGAAUGGAGAUGUGGUUCUUGGGAAAUUGGCAGCAGAGAGGAUAAUGACUAUGGAGCCUCAUGAUUCAUCCUCUUAUGUUCUUCUUUCUGAUUUGUAUGCUUCUGUCGGUGAUAGAGAGGGUAAAGCUAAGGUGAGGAGGAAAAUGGAGGAUAGAGGAGUGAAGAAGGAGGCUGGUUGCAGUUGGAUUUUGUGA